AUGGCCGCGGUUUCUUUGAGCUCGCGCUGUGCGCCCCGAGCCUCGGCCUCGGCACGAGCGGAGCGCACCGGGCGAGAGCCGCUCCGGCCGCUGCCUGCCUGGCGCACGAAGACGACAGAGGUACCUACUGCGCCUUCUUCAGAGGUGGCCCUGGCACUUGGGGGAGGUGGACUCCUGGGUGUGGCAGCUUCCGGCAGAAGAUUGCCCAGGCGCCGAGCCCAAUCCGGGCAAGCUGAUGUCCAGCAGGCACAGCAGCAGGCGGUCCUUGACUUCAUCGAGGAAGUUGGAGCCGGAAAGUAUCAAGUGCAGCAGGCGCUGCUUCUCGCAUGCUUCUUUUUCAGUGAAGCUGCAGAGCUGGAUGUGAUCUCACCCUUGACCACGGCAUGGCGGCUUGAAUGGGCCCUUGUGACAGACCAGGUGGCGCUGCUUGCAUCAGUGGGGUACUUCGGAUUUGCAGCUGGCACGCUGCUAUCCGGCUUGCUUGGCGAUCAGUUCGGGCGCCGCGUGCCGAUCCUUGUUGGCUACAUUGGGGUCAUUAUUGGGUCUUGGGGGAUGUGGGGUGCUGCGUCGCCCUUGAUCGUUGGAGUUUUCAGAGCGGUCACGGGGUUUUCAGUAGGUAUCGGAGUGCCCGCCUCUUUGACAAUGGUCGCAGAGAUCGCUCCAGCCAGCAGUCGUGCUCAGCUCCUGAGUGUCUGCUACGCUGCGAUCGCGUUCGGGGCCCUCUAUGCGGAUCUUGGACUCUACCUUUAUCUUCCGGAUCUGAAAUCCGGGGAUUGGCGAAGCUUGUGUGCUUGGUCAGCUAUUCCAGCAGCACUGGCACUCCCCAUCGCCUUGCUGGAGCUGGAGGACACGCCGGUGUUCCACAUGCUCAAGGGAGACACGGCCAAUGUCUCACGGGUCCUUGCCAAGAUGGCAGAACGCAAUGGCCGUUCAGUCACUUGGAGGCCACCUCCAAUGCCCCCGCGAAGCGCUUCGACUGGGGCAGCUUCGCCGAGUGGAAACACAGAAGUUGUCUGGCAAAGUUUCCAGGCUUCGCGUCUUCCCCUUUUGGGAAGCGCAGUGUUGGAUUUCACCUACAACUUUACAGGCUUUGGCUGUGGCUACUUUUUUCCUUUGAUCAUCUCCGAAUUGGCAGAGGGUGCACCGCUGCCCCCCGUCGGUGAGCUUGUUCUUGCAAAUCUGCUGGCCUUCCCUGCUUUGUACCUGGCGUACCAGGCGCUGCAGUCCAGGUACGGCUACAAAGAGAUCCUGAUAUUCGGUGGACUUCUCGAGAUUGUGGCGGUUGCUUGCCUCCUGGUAAGUGGGGUGCCGCUUCUUCCUGUGCUUGGGAUCUUCCUCCUGAAGCUGACGAUGGUGACAUAUUCACAGACCGUCAGUACCGUGAAGGCUGAACUCUUCCCAUCGUUGAUCCGCGUCUCGGCACUGUCGAUCUCCGGCACCUGUGGCCGCCUGGGGGCUCUGAUUGCUCCUGCGCUGAUCGAGGAGACACGCGGUGACCCGGGAAGUCCAGACGAGUUUCGCGUGUUCUUGUCUUUGCUGGCAUUCGUGCUAGUUGUCGCAACAGUCUUCGGUGUCAGCCUUGUGCCUGAAACCAAGGGCAAGUCCAUGACGUGA